GGAAAACGAUACAACUUUCUGCACAGCAUAGCUUCGAAUCCAAGCCAAGAACUAAUCACGGAUAAAAUAAGUCCCCAAAAACUAGCAUACGAUAAACAUUUCCUUUAUUUUUUCACAAUGAUAACGUCAUAAAGUUUGCCCUGGUGUCGCAGGCAAAAGCAAAAGAUCGAGCUUAAUAGAGAACCGUAAAAGUACACACGAAUACGGCAACUUCUGCAUCAAAGUAUGACUAGAAUCACCAGUCCUCGUGUACUGUAAUAACUGUGUGUAGUUACUGUACCAGAUAAGAAAAGGAGUGAUUCUAAAACUCCGAAUUUAGAGGUUUUGAAAUCGAUCUGCGAUAGAUGUAUUAGGUCUGACUAAGAAACAGCGGGUCGAGGAAGAAAACACAAGCUAGCAGCUCUACGUCGCAUUUCAGAGGAUCCAGCACCGUCUCCGGUCAUGGGUUUGACCAAACAGUACCUGCGCUACGCCGCCAGCGCCGUGUUCGGCGUCAUCGGCAGCCAGCGGGCCAACAUCGCCUACGUCACGCUUCGUGGCGGGGAAAAGGGCCGCUACGUUGCCGUGGCCGCGUGCGAACAUGUCUUCAUCUGGGACGUCCGAAAAGGAGAAAAGGUCCUGAUCCUGCAGGGCCAAAAGCACGAGGUGAGCUUCCUCUGCCCGUCUCCAGACGGCGUUCACGUCGCCGUGGGUUACGAAGAUGGCAUGGUGCGGAUCUUCAACCUGCUGAGCGGGGAAAGCAAYGUUUCCUUCAACGGACACAAGUCCGGUGUCACAGCGAUGAAUUACGACGCUCUGGGCGCGCGACUUGUCACCGGCUCCAAGGACACAGACGUGAUCGUGUGGGACAUCAUCAACGAGUGUGGACUGUACCGGCUGAGGGGACACAAGGACGUCAUCACGCAGGCCUUGUUCCUCAAAGACAAGAACCUCCUGGUCUCAAGUCUGUUUUUGUGUCUCUCCCUUCUGGACCAGGGAAACGAUGCGGUACUGGAAGUGUUCACGGUGCUGUCUGAGGAGGAAGUGCAGAGAAAAAUGAACAAGAAGCUGAAGAAAGCCAAGAAGAAAGCAGCCAAAAYGCAGGAAGGUGCAGGCGAUCAGACAGCAGAGCCGGUGGUGGAGAGAGCGCUGAAGGACGAGAUCAUUAGGCUGACGAACAUCAAGGCUUCUGCAAAGAUCAGGUGGGUCGACGUCCUGUCGUGUGCAGGCGGAGAGCUGAAGGUGGCGCUGCUGCUUCAGAACAACACCGUCGAGACCUACAGCCUAAAGAUCUCUGACAAGAACCCGGCGGCCAAUAAGACGGCCCGGCUCACGCUGGGCGGCCACCGCACCGACGUCCGCACGCUGGCCUUCAGCUCCGACAACCUGGCCGUCCUGUCGGCCUCCGGAGACACGGUCAAAGUCUGGAACAGGUCAACUCUGCAGGUGAUUCGCACCAUGGCGUGUGAGUACGCGCUCUGCUCGCUCUUUGUGCCCGGAGACAGGCAGAUAAUCCUGGGAACGAAGAGUGGGAAGCUGCAGAUCUUUGAGCUGGCCUCAGGAAGCCUUCUGGAAACGGUGGACGCCCACAGUGGAGCUGUGUGGUCACUGUGCCUGGCGCCGGAUCAGAGGGGAAUUAUCUCYGGAAGCGCUGAUAAGACGGUGAAGUUCUGGGAGUUUGAGCUCGUCAGAGACAAAGAGUCGGAGCAGAAGCGGCUGACGGUGAAACACACUCGCACGCUGCAGCUGGAGGAAGACGUUCUGUGUGUGAAGUUUUCUCCUGACCACAGACUGCUGGCCGUCUCYUUGUUGGACUGCACCGUCAAGGUCUUCUACACAGACACCCUGAAGUUCUUYUUGUCCCUGUACGGACACAAGCUGCCGGUCCUUUGUUUGGACAUCACACAUGACAGCGCUCUGAUCGCCACCGGCUCUGCAGACAGGAACGUAAAGAUCUGGGGUCUGGAUUUCGGCGACUGCCACAGAUCUYUGUUCGCUCAUGACGACAGUGUCAUGUUUCUCCAGUUCGUCCCCAAGACUCAUUUGUUCUUCACCGCCGGGAAGGACAAGAAGAUCAAGCAGUGGGACGCUGACAAGUUUGAGCUCAUUCAGACCCUGGAGGGUCACCAUCGGGAGGUCUGGUGUCUGGCCGUCAGCCCCAACGGAGAUCACCUGGUGUCGUCGUCUCACGACAAGUCCCUGCGUCUGUGGGAGAGGACCAGGGAGYCCAUCAUCCUGGAGGAGGAGCGGGAGAUGGAGAGAGAAGCUGAAUUUGAAGAGAGCAUGGCCAAAGGAAACGCACCUGUGGUACCAGGAGAGACGGAGGGAGAGGCGGCACCGGCUGGGAAGAAGAGCAUCGAGACGGUGAAAGCUGCGGAGCGAAUCAUGGAGGCUCUAGAGCUUUACCGAGAAGAAACCAGGAAGUCGGAGGAGCACAAGUAUUUCUGUGAGAAAGCUGGGAAAGAGUUGCCUCCUCCUAAACCCAACCCUGUCCUCGUUGCCUUUGGAAACGUUACUCCGUCCCGCUACGUUUUAGACGUCAUAAGAAAAGUCAGAUCCAGUGAGCUGGAGAUUUCUCUGCUGGUGCUGCCGUUUCCUUACGUCCCUGAGCUGCUGAAGCUCUUCAGCUCCUACAUCCAGCAGGGCCUGGAGGUGGAGCUCGUCUGCCGCUGCCUGUUCUUCCUUCUCAAGAUCCAUUUUGGUCAGAUCACCAGUAACCAGAUGUUGGUGUCCGUCAUCGACGAGCUGAAGACCAAUACGCUCUCCAAAGUCUGCCAAAUCAGAGAUGUGCUGGGCUUCAACAGCGCCGCCCUCCAGUUCCUCCAACGGGAGAUCGAGAGCAAAGAGGACGUGAUGUUCUUCGCCGAUGCCACGGGCCAGCUGGAGGAGAAGAAGAAGAGGAGGAGGAAGAGGGAGCGCACUGUUGUGAGGGGAACUGCCAUGGGGAAGAGGUUCGCGCCGGCCUACGCAAACAUCUUCAUGGCCGAGUGGGAGGAGUCCGCCCUGAAUGCCUAUGAUAGGAAAUCGCUGCACUAUUACAGACUGAGGUGGGGGAGGCCGAGACUGGGCCAGGAGGGGACACUGGACUGCAGCGCUGUGCGCCUGCAGUCUGGCUCCCCUGCCACUCCGACUACUGCGGCUGCUUUUCCUGUCCCUGCUACUGGCCAGCAGGCCAGCCGGUCGCCCUACGGGGAGGAAUCCGGAGACAAGACGGCUGGGGAAGCGACUGGGCCUCGGCUCCUGAUGGAUAAGCCUGUUUCAGAGCUGCCAAGGAAACACCACCAGAAACGCCGCCAUCUGCAGGAGCAGGAUGUCUCAGCAGAUGAGACGGCCAACAGAAAUGACCUGUUCGGAACUGAUGUUUCAGAAAAUGAAGGUCUCACCUCUGAUGAUCAGGGCAACGCCCGCCUGUCCGCACCGUUUGUGGACCAGCUGGGCUGCAUAGAGGCCCCGGAUGCAACCCCAUCUGUCCUCUAA